UUGAUGAUUGGCUUCCUUCAUACUUUCAUUUAUAUCUUUUGGUGCAAUACCACCCUGUUCAUAGGAUAUCCUUCGCAGCGGCUUUGUGCUGUUGUUGAAGGUAUCAUCAUCAACACCGUCUCCUUUAGGUGGGGACCAUUUAUGAAUGUACGAAAAAAAAAAAAUACCUUGCACUCGAUGGUCACGCUCAGUCAUCUUCGCUUACGUCCCAAAUUCACUAUAUUUACUUCGCAAGGUCCCAAACAAACUGCUUACAUUGAGUUUCUGUUAGAAUCCAAUGCCUCCUUUCCAAACAUCGUCUUCUUUAGUUCACGAAAUUUACUACUUCACGGGCGUCAUCAUCAGUGUCAUCGUAUCCCUCGCGCCAUUCCUGAAUCCUUCCGCAUCGGAUGCUCGAGCGCAGAGCGCUGAGAAUCGGCCGAUGAGACGACUUCGUCGACGCGUUCACCAGUGCGCCUUCGUAGCGUUCCCGCUACCGUAGCUAGGUCGUAGGAAAAGACGUCUAGCACUACGCUGUAGGCUUCCAUCGCGGGACCGAGGCGCCUAUACGCCGGUCCUGCCUAGUACAGGAUAGCCUGCCGCGAAUUCUUCAGGGAUCGAUCAUCAUGGCUCAGGAGGUUUCCGGUAGCGACGACAGCACCGUAAUCGAGACGGAAGCGGAAUUCGUGACGGCCGACUACACCGAGCUCUGCCUGGUCCUGCUCGGACUGCUCUGCGUCGUGGCUCUGGCAGCGACGCUGGCCUGGUACCUGCUGUUCUACGUGCCCGUCGACGAAGGUAGCGGACGCAAAAGCGCCAACUUCACGCGGCUUCUCGAACUGUCCCUCACGCGUACUGUGCAGCCGUGCGAGAACUUCUACCGCUUCGUCUGCGGCGGCUGGAAUCGGGACCACGCCCACGGUCACCUUAGCGUCGCCGACAAAGUCGCCGAGGAGACCAUGCUGCACGCACAAGAUGCCCUCAAGAACGCCGCCGCAAAGGCUCGGGAAACUAAGUCGCCGGCUAGAAAUCUGGCCAUACGCUCGGUCGGGCUCAAUGCGACUCCGUCCUCGCCGAACGAUAGCGGCUUUUUCGAUUUCCGUCCGAAGCAAAGCCGUCUACAACGAGCCCAUGCGUUCCUGAUGGCACGAAGCAGACGACCGUCCUCUGCUUUGAUGCAGAAGACGGGGCACUCGGCCGUGCUCAAGGCGGCCGCCAUGUUCGAGUCGUGCACGAACGUCGUCGCCGAGAAGACGUCCGAGAGAGAAAAGCUGGCCGAGUUCAUGAAUUUGUACACUGAAUUUCCCAACGUACAACCCCAGGAUGCGGACACGCUGGUAGCUACCAUGGUGGAGCUGUCGCUCACAUGGAAGAUUCACGUCAUGUUCGUGGUCGACCUCUUCGUCGACCACGACGAGGACGAAGGGCGCCUGACCGUCGACAUCGGCCGGAACGACGAACUCUUCUCGUGGUUGCAGCGGAGGAACAUCCUCAAGGACUCCGGUAAGCUGGGAGAGUUCUUCCUUACCCAGCUACAGGCACUCCCGGGUUUCCAGCCAUCGGAAGCCGAAGCCACGUCCACCAAGAUCACCGACGUGGACUCGCGCAUCAUAGCCGCUCUGCGAACGGACGACGAGCCUGCGCAGGCUAUCAAGUAUGACGAGUUGCCGUCGCUGGUUCCAGACGUCGAUCCUCAGGUCUGGGUGGACGUCAUAAACAAGCAGAUACAGCCGUACUCCAGGAUCGAACGUGACCACCACGUCAAGGUCGGCAACGCCCACGCUCUGCGCGAGAUGGGAAGAGUGCUGAUGCAUGCCGACGAAGACCCCCUGCUCUUGCCCAUGUUCCUCGGCUGGACCCUGCUUCGCCAGCUGGCUCCGCGAGCGUCUUAUAAGGCGGCCACCUUCGUGUUCAAGGACAAGCAGAGCUACGUGCAGGACUGCUUCCGUCGCGUCAUCGAUGUCAUGCCGCUCGCCGCUAGUUACCCGUUACUCAGAAAUACACCGACGCCGAAGGCUGAGGUGAGGGUCACAGGAGUAUCCAGGACGCCACCUCCUCUUUCACGCUUUUCACGUCGCUGUGCAAUCGUGCAAUCUCAAAGCUAGA